AUGCUUGCAUCCCAGGCUGCGAUAUUGGCAGCUCGCAAAUUCAAAGCCGUGUACGAAGCAUCAACCUACCAGAUGUUGAUAGCAAACGAGGGAAUUGCCAGCAUGGUGUCUAUGGCAGGCAUUCUGCCCGUCGUAAUUACCAUGUGGAGUCUGCAAAAGUGGCACCGCAACUCCCCGUGGAUCUUCUUCCUUUCCUGUGCGACGUUCGUCCUGUCCGAAGUGGCACUGUAUAUUGCCCCUCUGCCACAGAUAAAGAACAUCGACGGGGUCAAGAGCAACUACUGGCCAGAGAGCUGCGGCGGGCUCCCCCCGCCCCUCAUUUACUGCAUCGAUCCAUGGACUGGGGGCCAAGUCCUUUCUCCACAGCAGCUCUUCCGUUAUAUCUUGAACCCAUUCUGCUCCCUCAUAUGGCUCACCAUCGUCACUAAGUGGAUAUGGUCAUACGUGCACGAUAGGAGCAAGCCACCCCCGCGCCGUGGGACGCUGCGUUCUUUUCUCUAUCUGCAGAAGAUCCACGACUGGCUGCAGCGAUUUCGCCAGACGAAAUGGGGUGUCCGGCUUUGGCGUCUUUUUUCGGCAUUUACCGUCAUUGUUGAAUUGCUCUUCAUCUUAGCUGUAUGUGUCGACGCCCGAUGUUUCUGGUUCAUCCGCACUAUGAACAUUAUCGAUUUCGGUCACUGGUCCUUCGGCCAGCUCGUCGCCAUUACGGUCUGGCUUCCAGUGAUCAGCAAAUACUUUCUCCUUAUGGGCGGCAUUUCAUCCUACUCCCGCUCGCGGUUUCCCAAAGGUUACAGGAUCGUCAAAGAGCGCACCACUGACACCGAGAAAGAUGUCUCCCAGUCGGCGUACCUUCCGGUCUCAUCCAGCCGUGACAGCAACAAGACACCGAGCCGCUUCUAUUCUAGCGGCACCUGGUCGGACAUAUCGCGUGCGACUUGA